UCCUCGCUUCCCAGCCUGGGAGCGAUCGGAGGGCUGCGGCAGACACAAAGGCUGCGCGGCGCGGGAGCGGGAUCCAGAAACCAAAAUGGAGGAACAGGAGCCGGCUGGGCCUGAGACACGGGAGAGUUUGGAGGGGGGAGCGCGGGACCUGCACGUGGUCCAGAUCGGAACCACCGGGGAGCUGCUGGAAGGGGUGGCGUCCCAGAAGCAGUUCAAACGGGAGCCUGAGGAGCAGUGCUGGGAAAGCCAGUUGCAAGACUUCCUGAAGACCAUGCAGCCCUCCCGUCCCAGGUGGAAAAACCCGCCGUCCCCUCACUACGCGUCUGGAGAAGAUACCAAGUACUUCCAGAGCUCCUUCAAGGGGGGUGAAGAAGCCAGCCGGUGGCCGAAGGUCGAAUGCAUGCCCCAAGGCGUGUCGGGACUCAGCAGAGACGACAGCCAGGCCUAUGAAAGCAGCCAUGACUCUCCCGUGAAGGUGAAGGAGGAGGUCUUGGACGAGGACCCGGUCAAUGUGGAGAUGCGGCGGCAGCGCUUCCGGCUGUUCUGCUACGAGGAGGCGGAGGGCCCGCGGGAGGUUUGCAACCAGCUCUGGGAGCUGUGCCACCAGUGGCUGAGGCCAGAGACCCACACCAAAGAGCAGAUCCUGGAGUUCCUGAUCCUGGAGCAGUUCUUGACUGUCCUGCCCCCGGAAAUGCAGAGCUGGGUCAGGGAACAUGGACCUGAGACGUGUACCCGGGCUGUAGCCCUGGCAGAACGCUUCCUGCAAGAAUCUGAGGAACCAGAGCAAAAGAUGUCAGGAUCCUUGGAAAAGGCAUUUAAUUCCCCCAAGUCUGACCAUUCUCCGCCUCUUGUGCUAAAGAUGCAGCUCCCCCUGGAAGACAAGCAGGAGGACGACUGGGAGGCCACCUUGUCUGGCAACGAGCAAGUGCAAGACAAGGAAGAAGAGGAGUCUUUUCAGGCUGACCAGGCUGAGCAAGUGGGUGUGGGUGGGAUGUCAUUGGAAAGAGCCAAAGGGAAAGGUUUCCAGGGCCCCGAGAUGGACGAGAGGCCCGAGGGUCAUCAGGGACUGGAAGGUCACCAGGAGAAUCAUCCUGGGAAAGCGGCCAAGCUUGGUGAGGAAGGCGAGAGGGGUGUCCGGGAAGGUCCCUUCCAGGAGGGCAGCCACAGGCACACUGACUCAGGGGAAAGCUCCUGCCCGAGCUUCAGCCAUCAGGAAAUGCAGCCCAUUGAGAAACCACACAAAUGCUCGUUUUGCGGGGCGAGCUUCUACGAGAGAACCCACCUGGCAAUACAUGAAAGGAUACACACUGGGGAGAAGCCAUACAAAUGCUCUGUGUGUGAGACGUGGUUUUCCCACCCCUCUGAGCUUAUGAGGCACGAGGAGACCCACAUGCCCGAGAAGCCCCACAAGUGCGCCGUCUGCGGCAAAAGCUUCAACCAGAAGGCCUCCCUCAUCACCCACGAGAGGACCCACACGGGGGAGAAACCCUACGAAUGCUCCGAGUGCGGGAAGAGCUUCAGUACCAGCUCCCAGCUCAUCACUCACAAGAGGGUCCACACAGGUGAGAAGCCGUACAGUUGCUCCUACUGUGGCAAGAACUUCAACCAAAAGGCCUCCCUCAUCACUCACAAGAGAACCCACACGGGGGAGAAGCCGUACGAGUGCACGCUGUGCGGGAAAAGCUUCAGCGCCUGCUCUCAGAUCAUCAACCACAUCAGGGUCCACACGGGCGAGAAACCCUAUGAAUGCUUGGAGUGCGGGAAGCGCUUCGGGAGCAGCUCCCACCUGACCGAUCACAAGAGAACGCACACGGGCGAGAAGCCAUACAAGUGCCCCGACUGCGGGAAGAACUUCAGCCGGAGUUCCAAUCUCACCGCGCACAGUCGGAUCCACACAGGAGAGAAGCCAUACAUAUGCUCAGGUUGCGGCAAAAGCUUCAGGCAAAAAGCCUCCCUUAUCACACACAAGAGAACCCACACGGGGGAGAAGCCCUUUGAGUGCACCGAGUGCGGGAAGAGCUUCAUUUCCAGCUCCCGCCUCGUCAGCCACAAGCGGGUGCACACUGGGGAGAAGCCCUAUGAGUGCUUAGAAUGCGGGAAGUGCUUCAUCUCGAGCUCCCACCUGCUCAGUCAUAAAAGGGUCCACACGGGAGAGGAGCCAUAUAAGUGCUCGGACUGUGGCAAAACCUUCAAGCAAAGUUCCAGCCUGUACAGGCAUCGGAGGCUCCACACAGGCGAGAAGCCAUACGGCUGCCCCGAGUGCGGCAAGACCUUCAGCCGGAAGUCCCACCUCAUUGCACACGAGCGGACACACACGGGGGAGAAACCCUACGACUGUGGCGAAUGCGGCAAGAGCUUCAGCCGGAAGUCCCACCUCACUACACACGAGAGGAUUCACACGGGGGAGAAACCCUACAAAUGUGGGGAGUGUGGGAAAUGUUUCAGCCAGAGUUCAGCCCUUGUGGCUCACGAGAGGUCCCACACUGGUGAGAAGCCUUUCACUUGUCCCGACUGCGGGAAGAACUUCCACCGGCGGUCAGGCCUCUCAGCCCAUGAGAGGACCCACACAGGAGAGAAGCCAUAUCGAUGCACGGAGUGUGGAAAGCGCUUUAGCCAGAGCUCAGGCCUUUUGGCCCAUGAGAGGACCCAUACAGGAGAGAAACCUUACCGCUGCACUGAGUGUGGGAAAAGCUUCUGUGAGCGCACAGCCCUCGUUAGACAUUUGAGAACCCACACUGGGGAGAAACCGUACACAUGUGCUGAGUGUGGGAAGAGUUUCAGCCAGAGCUCGGGUCUUUUGGCUCAUGAACGCACCCACACUGGUGAGAAACCAUACAAGUGCUCAGAUUGUGGUAAAAGCUUUGGGCACCGCUCUGACCUUCUCCGUCAUCAGAGAAUCCUUAAAAGAGGAAAGCCAUAUAAAUGCUCCGAGUGUGAGAAAUGUUUUGGUCGGGGCUCAGAUCUCCUCCAGCAUCAGCAGAUCCACACAGGAGAAAAACCUUAUAAAUGUUCCUAUUGUGGAAAGUGCUUCAGCUGGCGGUCAAACCUUAUUAAGCAUGAGAGAAUCCAUACCAGGGUGAAAACAUAUAAAUGUGCAGUCUGA